CCGUAUAUCUAACAAUACAUAGUUCUCAUUUCUUUUACCAACUUUUUACGUUUUUGAUUGUGUCGGUAGUAAAGACUGCUUUCUACCCUAAUAUCAUAGUUGGUGUUUGCUACCAUAGAACAUAAUACAAUAAAGGAACAGAAGGAACAAAAAAAAUAAAUAUUGAGAAGCGUAUCAUUUACUGUGCAAGCAUAGUCGAAGAGAAGAAGAAAUUCUUGUUGUGUAAAAGGUACAAGUGUACAGAAGCAUUCCCUAGUAAACAUCAUAGUUGGUGUUGAUGUUAAUGAAACAUUAAAGGAUCUCCUAACACUAUGUACUGAUUCAUUAAAACAAUUAGGAGUUGGUAAAGUAUCACAACCAAAAUUACAUUUUAUAUUAAAUCAAAAAGUCGGUCCGAAUAUAAAUAACCAUGUGGAAGCCAUAAAUAAAAUUAUAUAUGAUUUAAAAGAUAAAGAUUUAGGCGAUAUGAUUGAUAUCAGUCGUGAAACAUUUCACACAUUACCAUCAGCUUUCAAGCGAGAACGUCUAUCAAAUGCAUCAGAUGGUCAAUGUCUCCUACGUACAGAGCCAGAAUUUAUUGAACAAACACAACGAUUUGAUUCACAAAUUACCAAAUCUGCGAAAAUAUGCUGUGACCGAGCAGAUAAUACAAGUUUUACACCACCACAAUGGCUAUCGACAUUCGUACUUGAAGCAUUUUUACUCCGAAAAAAACGACAACUCGCAGGUAGAUAGACGGAACAUUUCUCUACCUACUAAUGUAAAAAUCUUGUUAAAAUUCAAUAACCCUCCCAUCAAAUGUCAACAGCAAAAAUGGCUGGAAGAAAGUAAAAGUAUUGUAAGGACUAGCAAUUUACAGGGUAGGUAGAGCUCAAAAUUCUCAACAAGAUGGUAUAAUUUGUGAUUAGAAAGAUAAACCGUUGCCGUUGAAAAAAAGUUGUUUUACUUUAGAUAUACGA